AUGAAUCGUCAACAGUUCGAUAUCAAUGGGGGAAAUAUCCAGGCUCAAGGAAAGUUUGAAAAUUCCAUCUUCUAUCAGUAUAUCGGAGACCAAGACAGACAAAGUAGAGAUCGCUGCCUCGACUACUUUGCAGUGACUGACCCGCGUGAUGUCAAGAUGGCCAUCCACCAGACGAGAGGAGCCGCACUCAAGCAAUCCUACAACUGGAUCCUCCACCAUCCUCAGUUCCAGCAUUGGCGCAACAACAAUGACAGCCAGGUCCUUUGGAUUAAGGGCGAUGCUGGUAAAGGCAAGACGAUGCUACUCUGUGGUAUCAUCAAUGAGCUUGGCCCGACCACGAAACUGGAAGAUCCCUCAGCGAAGAUAUUCUUGUCUUUUUUCUUCUGUCAAGCCACAGAUCCUAAGCUCCGUAACGCUCAGGCUGUCCUGCGCGGUUUGAUCCAUAUGCUCGUGGUCGCGCAGCCGUCAUUUCUCUCCCUUGUACGGCAGAAGUUCAAAGAAAAUGGAGAGCCGCAAUUCGGGGACGCGGAAGCAUGGGCUGCACUCUGCGUUAUGUUCUUGAAUAUCUUACGUGACGCUAGCUCAGAGCAGAUCUACAUCGUGGUUGAUGCGCUUGAUGAAUGCGUGCAGGACCAAGACAAGCUCGUACAGUUUAUUCUCCACGAGACGAAGGAGCUCUCGCACGUCAAAUGGAUUAUUUCCAGCCGGAAUCAUGUUGAGCAGCGUACAAGGCUCGACGAUUCGCAGUCAAUACUAUGCCUGGAACUACAGGAAAAUGCUGAAUCCGUGUCUGUGGCUAUCGGAGCUUACAUUUCUAAUCGGAUAGCAGAGCUUCAAUCUCUACAGGAUGAUGAUACCUUGCUAGAAUAUGUGCAGCAGACCCUCCAGAAGAAAGCCGAAGGAACCUUUCUCUGGGUGGCUCUUGUCGUCCAGGAACUCGAGGGAGUCGACAGCUGGGAUGUGGAGCAGGUGGUCAACGAUGUACCAAAAGGGUUGGAUGACCUGUAUGCGCGAAUGAUCGACCAUAUCAACAAGCUUAUAGGACAAGGCAGAGAGCACUGUCUAAAGGUCCUAGCAGCGACGGCACUGGCCUAUCGGUCGCUUCAGCUGCUGGAAUUGGGGGUGGUGUCUGGACUCCCAGACAAGAUUGCCCAAUUUGCCAAGAAUAUAGAGAAAAUUGUCAAGAGAUGCGGCUCCUUCCUCACAGUUCGCGACUCAACAAUAGACUUUGUCCACCAGUAUGCCAAGGAAUUUUUGAUCAAACAUGCUGGCCCGAGCAUAUUCCCCUUUGGCUUCCCGGCUGCUCACCGCCGUAUGCUCACGCAAUCCCUACAGGCCAUGCAUAAGACAUUAGGACGCGAUGUCUAUAGCCUGCGUGCCCUUGGUACUCCCAUCGGCCAGGCCAGGCCGCCUACGCCAGAUCCUCUUGCGGCUGUGGGUUACUCAUGUAUUUAUUGGGUAGACCAUCUGGAAGGGAUUUUCAAGGCAGAAGCUUUGGCAUCUGCAUUGAAUGAGAACAUCGAGGAUUACAGCGCGGUGGAUAAAUUUCUCCGAGAUAAAUAUCUCCACUGGCUUGAGGCGUUGAGCCUUCUUCGAGGGAUGACAGAGGGAAUACUAGCCACCCAGAAGCUCGAGUUCCUUAUAAGGGAGCGAUCCGGAGCAACCGGACUGCAGGAGCUCGUCCAGGAUGCAUACCGAUUUAUACGCUACCAUCGAGGCACAAUCGAGGACACCCCUCUCCAGGCGUACGGAUCGGCGCUGGUACUCAGCCCACAGCGGAGUGUGAUCAAGCAGGAAUUCCAGCACGAGCGGUCCAAGAAUAUUGCGAUGGCUCCGCCAAUGGGCGAUGACUGGGAUGCGCAUACUGGCGCCUGCCUGCAGACGCUGGAGGGCCAUGAUGACAUGGUCAACUCAGUGGUAUUCUCCCACGACAGCCGCCGCAUCGCGUCCGGGUCGAGGGACAAGACGAUCAAGAUCUGGGAUGCGCAGACCGGCGCCUGCCUGCAGACGCUGGAGGGCCAUGAUGACAUGGUCAACUCAGUGGUAUUCUCCCACGACAGCAGCCGCAUCGCGUCCGGGUCGUGGAAGAAGAUCAAGAUCUGGGAUGCGCAGACCGGCGCCUGCCUGCAGACGCUGGAGGGCCAUGAUGAAUGGGUCACCUCAGUGGUAUUCUCCCACGACAGCAGCCGCAUCGCGUCCGGGUCGUACGACAGCACGAUCAAGAUCUGGGAUGCGCAGACCGGCGCCUGCCUGCGGACGCUGGAGGGCCAUAAUAGAAGAGUUAAUCUUUCCUUCGAUGUUACUGGCUCUUAUCUUCAUACUGACUCAGGACUUGUCCCCCUUCGUCGCUCACCAAUACCUACCCCUAAUACUUCAACAGAUGUUGCUACUUCGGCAUCCCAAUCGCUAUCGGCCACUCAAGAGCUGCAACCCCUUUCGUAUCAAGGCUACGGAAUCAGCUCUGAUAGGCUUUGGAUUACACGGCGUUCACAGAACUGGCUGUGGCUGCCCCCCACAUAUCGCCCAACCUGUUCGGCUGUAGGUCAAACUGGGUUAGCCUUGGUGCUUGGCUGCCGAUCUGGACGUAUCCUGAUCUUUGGAUUCACACCUGGGGAUUCCACCUGA